AUGUCUUCCACCUCCCCACAACCCAACGACGGCUUCAUCCCCUUCAAAACAAAAGCCUCCAAGAAGCCCCACCGCCGCCUCGAAAAAGCCCAAGCAGACCGAGCCAUCCCCGCCCUCAAAACCGGCAGCAUCCCCAACCUCAAGACCCUCGACCCAGACUCGAUCAAGCAGCUGCUCUCAGGCCCCAGGGUAACCGUCUACUGCGACGGCAAAAUCGCCCGAUCCGCCGCCCCCAAGCGCGCCCUAAUCGCCGCGAUCCCCCGCGCAAACGCCUUCUUCACCGUCAACCCACUCGCCCCCGCCAUCCACUUCGCCGGCGUCGACCGCGAGACGGGGUCCGAGAUCCUGCGGGCGCUGGAGCGCGAUCUCGGCCGGGGCGAACACAGCGUCGCGCUGCCGUUCGCCAAGUCCUUCACCCACGGCGUGCUGCUGUACCAGGCUGCGCUUGCGCUGGGACUGACCGCCUCCGCGGACCCCGUGCGCCGCUAUCUCUAUGCUACGGUGAGCAAGCGGCUGCUGGAGUACACGGAGCUUGACACUGCGCUGCUGCGGAUCGGGCCUGAGGAUGGCGUGUUCGGCCACAUCGCGAACGUCCUCGCGCAUCGGCGGUACAAGAAGAUGAUUCCGGACCCGGAGGACUUCGCGGUGUACUUGGACGGGUGGUCGGUGCUGAAGGAGAGGAUGGCGGGGAUUGAUCGGGUGAACUCUGCGGUGAGGAAGGAGCGCAGGAAGGAGUUCUUUAGGCGGCAGGGGAAGGGGGAGAAGGCGGGGGAGAAGAAGGCGCAGAAGACUGUUGUGGUUGGGCGUCGGUGUUAG